AAUUGUAGCUGCUGGUCAUUACACGCCUUAACUCUUGCUCGAGCGCGUUUUUUGAUCGCUUGCUGAUUUUCGUUCGUCCUUUCGGCCACGGUUGGAUAAUCGCAAACCGUUUCUCGCCGCAGUGUAUAAGGCUCCUCUAAUCGAAAAGAGACUAUCAUGGCUCCCAAGACGUUAAAAUGGAAUCUCGGGCUUUUAAACCACGCCACAAAGAAAUACCUCACGCUGGAGACGUUCGGUUUCAAGCUGAACGUGGACGGAACUUCGCUGAGGAAGAAGCAAAUGUGGACGCUUGAGCAGGACGAGGGCACGCAAAUCUGCUACUUCAGGAGUCACUUGAACAGAUACCUAUCUGCGGAUCGGAAAGGAAACGUAAAGUGCGAAGAAGAAGAACGGAGCGAGGAAACGAAGUUCACGGUCGAAACACAAGCGUCUGGAAAAUGGGCCGUGAAAAGCGUAUACAACGCUUACUUUGGCGGCUCGGGUGAUCAGCUAAAAUGCGAGGCUAAGAUAUCCGACACAGAGCUGUGGUCUAUUCAACUGGCCAUGCACCCGCAAGUCAACGUUAUGAGCUGUAGAAGAACACGCUACGCGCAUCUCAACACCAAAACCGAGACUAUAGAAGCCACUGAGAUCAUUCCGUGGGGAGCGGACGCAAUGUUAACGCUGGAGUUCGACGCAAACCAAGGAAAGUACGCUUUUGUGACGAGCAAUAAAAUGUACCUAAACAGCGACGGCUCGCUUCACGAGGACCCCGGAAAAAAGAGUCUCUUCACCAUCGAGUUCCACGAGGGGGAGGUGGCCUUCAGAACGGACAAAGGCAAUUACCUCGCGGCUGUGGGAACGGGUAAAAUUCAGGCCGGCAAAAACACCACCGUCGGUAAAGACGAGCUGUUUAUUAUUCAAGAUAGCCCACCGCAGGUUUCUUUCAUCGGGCAGAAAGACCGACGGCUGUCGAUUCACCAAGGCAUGGACGUGAUACUAAGUCGCCGUGAUGAAAUGGAAGACACAGAGAUCUUCCAGCUGGAAUUUGACAAGGCCAGUGACAAGGCGAAAGUGGCAAUACGUGGAACCAAGGGCAAGUAUUGGGCUCUGGGAGACUCUGGUGUGACGGCAUCAGCAGACACUCCUGGGCCUAAUUGCUGGUUUGAGCUCGAGUGGCAUGGUAAACAGAUAGUGUUCAAGGCGCAUACUGGAAAGUACAUCACGGGAAAGGACAAUGGCCAUCUGAUUGAAGGCAGCGACGAAAUUGAUCCAGAGAGAGCAUUUCACACUGUUGAGCUAGUCAACCGACCAAUGCUGGUGCUCCGCGGUGACCAUGGCUUUGUUGGAGUCAAAGCUGGAACGGAUAAAAUUGAGAGUAAUUACGCUAAAUUCCACGUCUUCAACGUGACAUGCAAGAAUGGCAUGUACAAGAUCAGUACUGACGCUGGAAAGUUCUGGAGCACUGAUGAUAAGAAUAACAUAGUGUUGUCAAAAGAUGAAAGUGAGGCUCAAGAGUUCAGUAUUGAGCUGCCCAAGUACAACAGAAUGGCAAUAAGAGCACCUAAUGGAGACUACAUUCAGGGUCAUCAGAAUGGAUCCUUUACCGCCACAGGAAAAGAGCUGGGAAAGAACACUUUAUGGGAAUACUAAACAAUCUGACAAAAUGAAACUUUGAGCUCAAAGACAAUAUUUUUGAAAACAGUAAGUUGAAAUUUAUUAUUAAUAUCAAUUUCUAUUAAAAGCAACUAAAACUAAACCAUAACCAAAGAUCAUAAACCUUUCAGCUCUUAGAUUUUCAGAUCGUGGCUGUUAGAAAUGCAUUUUUUAAUAAUGCAACUUGGAAGAAUCGUCUGACUAAAUGAAUGUUUUUUGUUUAUGGUCACUUCUACACCACAAUGGUGAUAUACUAACCCAAUUGUUUUCACAUUUAUUGACCUAUGCAAUUUACAUUGAAAAAAAUGCCAUUUUUUAAUGGCAUGAUCCUGAAGAAUUUAUCUUAUAAAGUAAAUCUUGAAAAAUUUAUCUUAUAAUUAAGUAAAUGUGGUAACUGAAUGAUACACAAAAGCAUCACAGUAGGCAUUCAAACAUUAAUGCUUAACUGUAGCUUUUGAUUAAAAAUAUUUUCUCCUUUUUUAAAGAGAGCAUGGGCAAAAGCAUCCUCUAAGCAAAUUAAACUACAUUAUCUGUCCAGUUCAAAAACAAGAGACUUAAUAAAUCAACGUAAAUGUGACUAUUAAUACACAGGGUGUCAAAUAAGUUUAGAAGUAAAUAGCAAAAUGUCUUAUGUAAGGGUGUACGGUGAAGAAAGGAAAAAGAAAAAGUUGUGACAAAACCAUUAAAAAGUAACAAUUUCUGGCUCUGGUUGAAAGCCACAAAAACAUUCUGAAUACAGGAAGUAUCUGUUAUUAAUGCAACAAUUAAAUAUUUACGGUUUGGUUGAAUUAAUUUAAUUUUCAGUACAAUGGAAGUUUCCUUUAUAGGUUACCAGUAUUUAGGGUUUUUGUUUUCUACACAAAAAAAGUUGUUCAAUUUUCUGUCAUGACAAUAAUAACAUAAUUAUUGGACUCAGAAUGUUGCACUUAGUAAUGUACAAUAGUGGGAAAUAGGGAAGUCCUGUUUGUAGAAUUACAUUUGAUAAGUCACUCUCCAUUUUUCAGAAGAUCACUUUAAGAAGUGUAUGAGGGACACUUCUUCCUUGCUCUUCCUGGAAAAUAGAGCUGUUAACAUGAACAGUUAAUUUAUGGUAACACACCCAUUAGAACAAAAAGAUUGGUUAAAAAUAUUAGUGAGCAAAUUCACAUCAAAAGAAGAUUUCCACACAUCACAGUUGCACUGAUUUUUGACUUCUUCUUGACAUGUGAACUUGUAGCUAUGUAAACUUUACAACUGUUAUGAAGUUCAAAUAAAUAUGCUGCAUUCCUACA